UGGCAAUCGAAUCGCUACCCCGGCUGUAGAUGCGACCUUCCUGGUCCGACCUAUCAGUUCACAUGGAGAUAUAACGUCUGGUCCGAGUUUUACCCUGCCGCUGCAGAGAUUCAGAAGUAUCUGAGCGACGUAGCCCGGGAAAACGACUUCUACAAGUAUAUCAAGUUCAAACACGAAGUCAUCGGGGCCUCGUGGACUGAUGAAGAAGUGAAAUGGACGUUGAGCAUCCUCGACCAUGCUAGCGGAGAGACGAUACAGGACAAAGUUGAUCUGUUCCUCGAGUUUAACGGGCCGGUCAGCGAUCCGCGAAUCAACGUCGCCGGUAUUGAAAACUUCAAGGGCCCGAUCCUCCAUCCAGGAGAAUGGGAUGCUGGGUCUGACCUCAAGGGCAAACGAGUUGCGCUGAUCGGAUAUGGCUCAACUGGAGUCCAAAUUGCACCAUAUCUCCUCAAGGAUGCUGCGAAGCUGUACACGUGGCACCGAAACAAAAACUACAUCGGACCACCACACAGUGCGUCGUUGGCGGGAGAAAAUGGUGUCAAUUUUGCAUACAACCAAACCCAGAAAGAACUACUAGAAGACCCAGACAUCUAUCUUGCCUACCGGAAGCAAGUCGAUGAAGUGGCCUACAAAGGGCUCACAGGACUGGUCAAUGGCAGUCAAGUAUCUGAACUGGGCAAGAAAGCAGCCGUCAGUCAUAUGCAGCAGAAGCUCAAGUCAAGGCCUGACAUCCUCGAGUGCAUCCUCCCUACUGACUUCGAGAUGAGCUGCCGACGCCCGACUUUCGACUAUGGCUACCUGGAUGCAAUAACCAGUCCAAAGAGCGAGUUUCUUUUACAGUCACCAAAAGGCUUUACGGAGAGUGGUCUCAUAGAUGCCGACGGCGUCGAACACGAAAUCGACGUCGUCGUCGCAGCCACCGGCUACAACCAAUCCUUCAUCCCGCGCUACCCCAAACUCGUCAACGGGGUGGACAUGCGUGAGAAAUUCCGAGAAUGGAACUCACCCCCGUCAUACAUGUCCAUGAGCCUCGACGGCAUGCCCAACUACUUCAACCCCUCCCUCGCCUACGCGCCCCUGAUGGCGAGCUACUUCCUCAUCUCCACGCCGCGAACCCGCUACAUCGUCAAGGUCAUCGACAAGAUGCAGAGAGAACAGAUCCUCUCCCUCACGCCCAAGAGAAAAGCCAUCGAGCACUGGAUCGCCCACUGCAACGCUUUCGUCGAACGCAUGCCUCAGGGCGGCCCUUGCGUCGCCUGGUAUAAAUCCGCCGCGGGGGGCGCGAAGGCUGCUCUUUGGCCCGGGGGCCGGACGCACUACAUGCGCGUCCUUGAGAAUCCGCGCUUCGAGGACUUUGAUCUCACAUAUGUUGAUGAAAGUGAUAUUUUCUCGUACUUGGGGAAUGGGUAUGAUGUCGAGUAUGAGGGCAACCCUGGGGCGGAUAAUGAGUGGUAUUUGGGGCCUACGAAGAAGAUUGUUCCUGAGGAGACGUUGGAGAAACUUAGAGGCGUUUAUGGGACGCCGGUGAUCCCAGGGCGGUAGAGCGGUGCUGGUAAUUCAGGCGAUGCGUGAGGAUUAAACUUGAUUAUGCAGUUGAUGUUAGCCCUUCGGUAUAUCAUUGCAUUGGAACGAUUAGUCGCACUUUAGGUCAGCUGAAGGUAAAUUUUCAUGC